UAUCAGAUCUAAUCAAUUCAAAUUAAAUUAAAUUAAAUAAACAAAAUUAAGGUGAACUAAAGUACUAAACAAGCUAAUGGCGAAAUGAGAAUGUACUCACUUACUCACCGUUUGAUUUUAUUAAGAUAUACGGACAUUACGGAGUACUUAUGCUUUUAUUUUCCUCCGUUGUUUGCAUUUUCCCCCUUUUUCACUUUUACGUUGCAUCCCACCCCACCAACACCACCAUUGAAGCGUACUCUGAAUUCUCCAUUGAAGCGACUUCUGAGCUUCUUCUCCUCCAUUGAAACAAUUUUUGAGGUUGGUUCGGAAGAAAUGCCUUUAUCGAAGCAGUAUCGGUGUAUGCAUUCAGCAAGCUGUGCUUGUAUGAAAGGGCAUAUAACAGAAGAUGUGAUCCUCCUUGUUUUCCAGCAGUUAAAUUGGAACCCUAAAUUGAUUGCAGCGUUCUCUUGUGCUUGUAAAUGGUUUGAUGAUUUUGCAAAGAGAGUGUUGUGGAAAGAGUUUUGUAAGACGAGAGCGCCUAAGAUGAUGAUCGAUCUGCAUUCUAGUGGUAGUCAUAGUGUUGAUGGGAGCUGGAGGGCGCUUGGGAAAUUGCUUAUCUAUUGUUCAGGUUGUAGCAAAGGUGGCUUGUUUAAUAACAUUCAUAUACCUGGUCAUUUUGUAUACAGAACCCGUUUUUCUCGAACAUCAGGAAAGAGUUUUCUUUUGCCACAGUGCAGAUCGGAUGUGUUAUAUGUCUCUGAUCCCUGUGAACAUCUUGACCAAGGGGAAGAUGGGGAUAUUGGAUUUUUUCGGGGUAUGUUUAAGUCCUUUUCUAUGUCCAAAGUUCGCAAGUUGCUUAUCAAGAGAAAAGCACAACUACACCCUACAGAAGCAUGCCCUUAUUGUAAAGCAAAAUUGUGGAGUAUGCAAGAAGCAAAAAUGAUACCACAGAGUGCCAGUUGCAGGUUGGGAGCUUAUGAAGAUGCAAUUGAGUAUUAUGUUUGUCUUAAUGGUCACAUGCUAGGGGUCUGCACUCUUUUACCUUUGUCUGAAUCUGAGGAUGCAUCUGAAUUGGAGUGAUUGUCAAAUGAAAUACAGAUGAACUAUGGCAGUGAAUAUUUGCGUUGCUUGACUCUCAAAUUUGUUGGGAGACUUGGAAGAAGCUUGGUUCCAUUUAAAUGCUGGGUCUAAAAUCAGCCAACUGAAGAAUAUUUCUAAACAUCUGGGAUCUGUGCAUCACUCAAAACUCUGGGGGACAAGCUGACAGUCGUGGAAGGAACGCAGUUCCAGGUAUCUUCACUGGUUGAUUUUACUGACAUAAAAAAGUCCUUCGAGAGAAUAGUGUAUUAAAUUUGUUUGUACAUUGUAUAAUUCAUAAUGUAUCUCAGAUGCAUCAGCAUCAUUUCUUGUUCAGUUAUUUUCAAAUUCAUAGCUGCAUGAAUAUCAUUCUAAAUAAUUAAUUUCAUGUUUAGUUCCCUGCACUUUUAGCUUAUGUUUGUGUUGAUCCAUU